UGUACGUUGCUUGUCGUAGUGGUGAAACGUUUGGAUUAUAGGCACCGCGUAGUCGUGUCCCAUAUUGUGAACAGAGUCAUUUGCGCGGAACAAAAAUUCCGCUCACCUGGCCCGUGAAACUCUCGCAGUUCAGCGCCCUGUCCAGAUAGGAAGGAACAGAGCACGCUUCCUGCUAUGAUGUCCCAGGUGACAAGUUUGUAUACCAUUGCUUGGAGCCUAAUACCACUGCUCAAAGGACUGGAAGCAGCGCCCAUUAAACUGAGCCACAUCUUCCCACCGUGGGACGCAUCUGACUACGAACCGUGGAUAGCCAGCCCAUGGGAAGAUUACCAGGCCUCGCCUGAAACCUGGAUUUUCCGACCAGUCGUCCCUCCUCGCAGAAGCAUGAAUGUGAAGAAUUCAUGGUUUCGGCAGCGUUUUCCCAGAGUGGACAUCAGUCUUCACCAGUUGAAUACCGGCACAGGUAAUCAGGACGCAACUGUACACCACGAGUCGCACGUGUCAUCGAGCAGUUCUUCAAGCUACUCGGACAGCACGGGGAAACGACGCUAUUCCAGUAAAACCGGAAGCGAAAACACACGCUUCUCAGGUCGCAAAAAAGGAGACACAGGAAAGAUAACAGGGAAGCUUUCACGCAAGGUUUCGGGUGGUUUCAAGAGGUUCAAGCAGGAUGACGCCACCGGAGCAGGAGGUUACGGCGUAGUUGGACAAAUGGAGAGCGCGGUGAAUGCAGACGUGGCAGGACAGCAUGGUCAAGCAUCGCUGUACAAUGCUCAAGGAUUCCACAGGGAGCGUUCAUACACUGCAAGACCUAACACUGUGCAAUAGCCAAUAAGGAAAGCAUUGGACUGACUUCUUCGCGCAUAUGAAUCUAAGUGGCUACUUGCACGACGUGCGGGGCCAGGACACAGGCAACUCGGCUUAGUUGUUUUUCCAAUAUGUCAUAUCCCUGCACACUGGAUACGUACGGCUAACCACAAUAAUAAAUGCUACGCAAGAUGGG